AUGCCAAGUUAUACUCAUCAGCGUAUUGCUACCACCAUUGCAGACCUAAAGCCAAAGUUUUUAAAAGCCUUCAAAUUGAAUUCCGAGAAUGAAGUUGAGUGGCUUUUAUUUACCUUUGCACCUGGUCGUGUGAAUUUUUUUGGUGAACACGUGGACUACAUGGGUGGUUAUGUCUGCCCUGCUGCUCUUAAAGAGGGAUGCCACAUUCUUGUUGGACGGGUUCCGAAGUACUGUGAUGGAAAGUUGCGGUUUGCGACGGAGGAUUGUAAAUGUUUUGUGUUGGACCGACUUGGCGCGGCACAACACGACAAGACAUGGACAACGUUUGUGCGGGGAGCGGCCACACUGGCACUGAAUCAUCUUAACAUGCCCAUUGAUGCCCCACCGCUGCAGGGAUUCUGCGCCAUUUCAAAGGGAACGCUGCCGAUGGGAUCUGGCAUGAGUGCCUCCGCCUCUUUUGACGUGGCACUACUGAACGCCAUCACCGCAGUGGCUACGAAACGAUAUGAGCAUACACGCUAUGUGCCUGGUAUGGAGUAUCCGCGACUUGUGCCGACCAGCAGGGAGGAGCGUAUUACGUUAACAAAACAAGCGCAUCGCAUUGAGACAGAGUUCUGUGGUGUAAAUGUGGGUAUUAUGGAUCAAUUUGCCUCCAUUCAUGCAAGCGAGGGUUCAUUUAUGGCUCUGGAUUGUGACACAUUAACCUUUACAUCGCAUUCUAUGGAGCAUCUUCUUGGAGAUUCUGCUUGUUUCCUGUUGAUAAAUUCCAUGGUUCGCCAUGAACUUACUGGGGAUACGGCUGGUGGAUACAAUACUUUGCGCAGUGAUGCCGAAGGAGCACAGGAGGUGGUAAGCAAGAAGAAACUGGAUGGUGGGUCUUUCAGUUUUCGCGAUCUUGCCAGAAAUCCAAAGAAAUUUACAGAUGGUCAUCCUGUGGAAUUUGUGGAAUCAUGUAAAUCUCAUUUUACCCCUGGCCAGUAUGAUCGUGGUAUUUUUAACAUUGCCGAGCAAAUUCGUACACUUGAGUUUAUUGAACUCUGCCAACCACAUUCCCCCUUAAGUAAGGAAGAACGUUUCCGAAAAGCUGGAGAACUACUGAAUGCGACGCAUCAAGGACAACGUGAUCUCUUGAAGAUUUCCACAGAAGAGUUGAACUUUAUCCAGGAAAAGGUGAAUGAGGAUAAAGAUGUAAGUGGUGGCCGAUUGAUGGGUGGAGGUUUUGGUGGUUGCAUUCUCCUCCUUUUGAAGAAAGACGCUGUGGACCGUGUGGCGGCUAAUGUGCAGAAGGAAUUUAAGGGAAAGUUUGGUAUUGUCUGUGAAGUGUACACUGUUACUUUGGGUGAUGGUGCAUUUAUCGUUUCCCUGUAUGAAGGUAAAAAGGGAAAACUCUAG